AUUAUUUUAUUGUUGUUUUUAUAAAUCUGUUAAAAAGGGUCAGUAUGUGGCUCAAAUGUAUGUCAAGUUUUCUUCUCUAUAUGCCUAUGCAAUAGAAAUUUGCCAAGCGCACGCAUCGGAAUAGCACCUUUCUUAUCUUGAGCACUAUUGCAUGGAGCAAGUAUACUGUCUUUGCCAUUGUGGUCUGGAAGGGUCAGCGGGUAUUCCUCAAAUAGGAAGGGCACUCCAUGAUGGCAAUGGUUUAUCGAAAUUGUAUUAUUAAUGAUUUGCACAAGGACGGGGAGAAGGGCAUGCAGUGCUUGGUUGCCGGCUUUAUGCACUACUUGGCCUUGUGCGUGUGUGACCUGAAUGAGGCAAGGAAGGGUAUAAUGUUCGUGUGCGAUUGCAAGGGUAUUGGAUUAAAGAACAUGAGUUUAGAGCUGGAGAAGGAAAUGGCUUGGCUAUAUCAAGACGGGCCCCCAAUCAAACUCAAACGAGUAUUACUGGUAGAUAGCCCUUCUAUCCUCAAGGGGUUUAUGAAGUUGCUGAAAGUAUUCUUGAAGAAAAAAACGGCCGAUAGGAUGGUCGUGUGUGACAGUAAAGAUCUCGAUAAGUUUGCCAAACCCACGGAGCUGGCCACACCAUUUGGCACGUACGAGAAGAGCAUGCAGCAAUGGCGAGAGGAGCGCACGCGGCGCUUGGAGGAGGCCACACUUAAGUGUAAAGCAGAGUAAAUAUAAUUGGUU